AAAAUGGCAGCUUGGGGUGCUCUCGUGUGUCUGUUAGCGGUUUCUUGGGUUAGUGCUUACCCGAGCCCACCGCAAUUUGUUUAUCCCGAAAAUGCACGAUAUGAUAUUUCAAGAAUUGUGUCGGGAUGGGAAGCGAAAGAUGGCGACAUCCCUUACCAGCUAUCUCUCCGUAUGGUAGGACCGAUUGGUACCGUCAACGCCUGCGGUGCUACUCUUAUCCACAAUGAAUGGGCUCUGACAGCCGCUCAUUGCACUGCUAACCGUGUCACUGUGAUCAUCCGUGCUGGCGGCGUCUCCCUCCUUCGCCCAGCCGCUAUAUUCGAGACGACUGACUACUACAACCACCCUGAAUACAUUGAAUCCCUCUCACAAGUCCAACCUCAUGAUAUCGGUCUGAUCAGGCUGAACCACUUCCUUGAAUAUUCCUCCGUAAUCCAGCCAAUAAGGCUCCAGGCCUCCGUAGACAAGGACAAGAAUUACAAUGACGUCAGGCUCCAGGCCAGCGGAUGGGGCAGAACAUGGACCAACGGUGCGUCUCCCGUUAUUCUUAACUGGGUAUACCUCACUGGAGUGUCGAACCAACGUUGCAAGGACUCUUAUGGCGGAAGCAGCAUCGUUAUUGACUCUACUAUCUGCGCAAGAGGCUACAACGUUACCAGUCAAUCUACCUGUCAGGGUGACAGCGGUGGUCCUCUAGUCACUGAAGAUGUUGACGGUACCCUUACCCAAGUCGGUAUCUCAUCCUUCGUGUCCAUCACCGGCUGCCACACUGACUUCCCCGCAGGUUUCAUCCGUCCUGGUCACUAUCACGAUUGGUACCUUGAGGUCACUGGCAUUAACUUCGACUGGGACCCGAGUCAGGCGGUAACAACUACGACUGCUGCUGAACCUACUGAACCCGAUGUGACUACUGCUGCUCCUGAAGAAGAAGAAGAAGAAGAAGAAGAGGUGGAGGAGGAAGAAGAGGAAGAGGAAGCUAGCGAAGAGGAUGGUGAAACUAGUGAGGAGAAUGGUGAAACUAGUGAGGAAGGUGAUGUAACUAGCGAAGAACAGAGUCAAGAAGACGAAAAUGAAGAAGAAGGAGACAACGAAGAUGAAGGAGACAAUGAAGAUGAAGGAGACAAUGAAGAUGAGGGAGACAAUGAAGCAGAAGAAGACAACGAAGAAGGACAAGCUUAAGUGUUUUCUCUGAUUCACAAUU